CACUCGCUCUCCAAGCAACUCAGUGUUAACACACCAGACAAACCAGUCUAACGAAAAACCAAAAUCCUCAAUCAACAUGAAGUGCUUCGUAGCUAUCGCCGUCCUCGCCAUCGUCGCCGUGGCUCUCGCCGACUCGAAACCCGUCGAGGCCGAAGCGAUUGAGCCCGUGAAGGUUGAAGCCGCAGUAGCGCCGGAAGCUGCCCGCGACAAGAGAGGACUUCUCCUCGGUGCUUACACAGCACCUGUGGCUUACAGCGCUUACACCGCACCGCUCGCGUACUCCGCUGCUUACAGUUACCCGUACGCUUACUCCGCGUACUCGGCAUACCCUUACUACGCAGCGGGUUACAACUCCGCCUACUAUCUCGCUUGAGUCUACUAGAACCUGGACCGGAGGACAGUUUUCACCUUAAAACGACCUGAGAAAUACUCAAGGACCCUGCCUCGAAGACCUGCACAAUUUUCGUUAUCUCAAUGUGUAAUGAUGAAAGAAAAUUUACGAAAUACGCUCUCGGACUGCGACGCCGACUCGACGAAAACGAAAGAGCACUCAAAAAAAGACCCACGCGUUAACAGUUCAAAUCCGAUGGAAACUAUUGCAAAAAACAGGCGAACAAAAAUCGGACACGAUUCGACAGAUUGUACAGUUACGAUAGAUUAUUCAUGCUGAGAAUAUAUCAAUAACUUGUAUCAUUGUGUAUAAUAAAGAAGCAUUCUUAUUAUCCUCAAAA